AUGAAGGAGAAGUCCAAGAACGCGGCCAAGACACGGAGGGAGAAGGAGAAUGGCGAGUUCUACGAGCUGGCCAAGCUGCUGCCGCUGCCCUCGGCCAUCACCUCGCAGCUGGACAAGGCGUCCAUCAUCCGCCUCACCACCAGCUACCUGAAGAUGCGCGCCGUCUUCCCCGAAGGUCUUGGAGACGCGUGGGGACAGCCGAGCCGCGCGGGGCCCCUGGACAGUGUGGCCAAGGAGCUGGGGUCGCACUUGCUGCAGACCCUGGACGGCUUUGUGUUCGUGGUGGCGUCGGAUGGGAAGAUCAUGUACAUCUCGGAGACGGCCUCCGUGCACCUGGGCCUGUCCCAGGUGGAGCUCACGGGCAACAGCAUCUACGAGUACAUCCACCCGUCCGACCACGACGAGAUGACGGCCGUGCUGGCGGCCCACCAGCCCCUGCACCCCCACCUGCUCCAAGAGUACGAGAUGGAGCGGUCCUUCUUCCUCCGCAUGAAGUGCGUCCUGGCCAAGCGGAACGCGGGGCUGACGUGCAGCGGGUACAAGGUCAUCCACUGCAGCGGGUACCUGAAGGUGCGGCAGUACCUGCUGGACAUGGCGCUGUACGACUCGUGCCACCAGGUGGUGGGGCUGGUGGCCGUGGGCCAGUCGCUGCCGCCCAGCGCCGUCACCGAGGUCAAGCUGCACAGCAACAUGUUCAUGUUCCGCGCCAGCCUGGACCUCAAGCUCAUCUUCCUGGACUCCCGGGUGACGGAGCUGACGGGGUACGAGCCGCAGGACCUGAUCGAGAAGACCCUGUACCACCACGUGCACGGCUGCGACGCCUUCCACCUGCGCUGCGCGCACCACCUCCUGCUGGUGAAGGGCCAGGUGACCACCAAGUACUACCGGCUGCUGUCCAAGCGGGGCGGCUGGGUGUGGGUGCAGAGCUACGCCACCGUCGUGCACAACAGCCGCUCCUCCCGGCCCCACUGCAUCGUGAGUGUCAAUUAUGUCCUCACGGACAUCGAGUACAAGGAGCUGCAGCUGUCCCUGGACCAGGUGGCCACGGCCAAGUCCCAGGACUCCUGGCGGGCCGCCCUGUCUACCUCCCAGGACACACGCAAGUUAGCUAAAGCCAAAUCCGCGAAGGCGAGGACGAAGCUGAGAACAAACCCGUACCCUCCGCAGCCGUUCAGCCCGUUCCCGGUGGAGAGGCUGGAGUGCGGCCAGCUGGCACACUGGAGGGCCAGCCCCCCCUCGGACGCCGCGGGCCCCCCGGAGCCGCAGCUGCACCCCGAAGGCGGCGAGCUCCUGUACCCUCCGCCCUACGGCCUGCCCUUCUCCUACCGCUACGGACACUGCCCCCUGGACCCCCACGUCUUCGGCGGCAAGAAGCCCGUGCUGCCCGCCAAGCUCGGGCCCCAGGGGUCCCCGUGCGAGGUCGCCCGCUUCUUCCUGAGCGAGUGCCAGUGGCACUACGCCAACCCCCUGGUGCCCGGCAGCCCGGCGCCCGCCAAAACCCUCUCAGAGCCGCCGCCGAACACCGCCCGGCACAGCCUGGUGCCCAACUACGAAGCGCCCGCGCCCCGCAGGUUCGCCGAGGACCCCGCGCCGCCGCCGCCGCCGCCGCCGCCGAGCUUCCCGAGCUGCGGCCGCUUCCGCGAGGGGCCCGCCGCCGCCAAGGCCGCCCGCCCGCCGGGCCCCGCGCAGCUGCCCUUCGUGCUGCUCAACUACCACCGCGUGCUGCGCCGCGGGCCGCUGGGGGGCGCUGCGCCCGCCCCGCCCGGCCCGGCCCGCGGCCCGCCCGCCCCCGAGGCCGCCGCCGCCGCCGCCGCCGCCGCCGCCGCGCUCCGGCCCCGGCCGCCCGGCCCCGCCGCCAACGCGCCCGCCGCGCCGCUGCCGCACUACCUGGGCGCCUCGGUCAUCAUCACGCACGGCAGGUGA